AUGUCGGACACGCAGCAAGUCGGAACUGCAUCGGCGGCUGCAUCCGCGGUAAUUCAAGAUGCCAUGGGUCCAAAUGCAGUGGUCAAGGCGCCCGAAGCAGAUUUUUCUAAUCCUUUCACCGUGGCCCAGGCAGCGCCGUCAGAACCGUCUCAGGCGACCGACGACACCCCGGAAACAAAAGCAAAGGCAGCGAAGCUGGAUAGAAGCCACGACGCUGCCACGGCAUCGCACAGAGGUAUCUUGGCGGUUGUAGAAGAAACCGUCAAAUCAUCCUCUGCAGCGCCAGCUGGGCCGUCUUUAACCUCGUCCGAUGCUGUCCGCGAUGACCGCGCCGCUAACUGGCCGGAUCGCUACUACCUGGAGGGCGGCCUGCGCCGAGUCAAACCCUACUACUACACCUAUAAUACAUGGGUAAAGGAACGCUGGCGGGGACGGUCUCUGCUGGAUGUUUUUGAGAGUGAAUUUCGGGACCGCCCUUUGGCCUACUACCGUCGAGCCAUGGAGUCGGGUACCGUAAAAGUCAGCGAGAAAAUUGUCGGUCCGGAUCACGUGCUGAAAAACGGUGAACGUGUCUCGCAUACCCUCCACCGCCACGAGCCGCCUGUCACCGCCGACCCCGUUCAGAUAAUUCAUGAGGAUGAUGAUAUGUUGGUUAUAAACAAGCCAGCAGGUGUUCCGGUACACCCAGCUGGUCGCUACCAAUACAACUCGGUGGUGGAGAUCCUAAAGCAUGAGCGGGGACCUGGGUUUAUUCCCUACCCUUGCAACCGGCUGGAUCGCCUGACGAGCGGUAUCAUGUUCUUGGCCAAGUCACCUGCGACAGCGAAGCGACUGAGUCUGCAGAUUCAAGCACGUGUUGUCCGCAAAGAAUAUCUGGCACGGGUGGUAGGUCGGUUCCCUGACGGCGAGGUUAUUUGCGACCAGCCCAUUCUGCAGAUCUCGCCAAAGCUGGGCCUUAACCGCGUACGGGCCAACGGCCGGUCUGCGCGUACCGUUUUCAAACGGCUUGCCUACUACCGGCCGGAUGGAGAGAAGGGCGAUGCGUCUCCGUCUGAAGGACCGGAAUCACGUACAGGCUAUUCUAUCGUUCGCUGCCUGCCAGUCACUGGCCGCACGCAUCAGCUCCGUGUGCAUUUACAGUAUCUCGGCCACCCCAUCGAGAACGAUCCCAUCUAUGCCAACCAGAGAGUGUGGGGCUUUGACCUAGGCCAGGGCGAUGCCGAUGCUUCUGUACAUACCGACGAGGACAUUAUCAGCCGCCUCUCGCGGAUGGGCAAGGAAGAUGUCGCUGAGGCUGUUGCCUACUACGAUGAGAUGGUCGACGAGUACCACAAGCGCAAGGCCGAGCGCAUGUCGGGCCACGUGUGCGAGGAGUGUGACACGCCGCUAUACACGGACCCGGGCUCGCACGAGCUCUCACUAUGGCUGCACAGCCUGCGAUAUGAGGCUGCCGAUGGUGCUUGGAGUUAUGUCAGUCCACUCCCUGCGUGGGCCUUGCCGCCAAACGGCGCAAGUGGCCCGACUGAAGUGGGCAAACUAGACGACCUCGUGGGCGCCGCAGGUGCUCCCGGUUUUGAGGCAGAGCCGGAUACAAAAGCAGAUGAUGCAGUCAGCAAGAAGGAAAUGAACUCCAUAAUGACGGGUGCCGCAGGCCCCAGCACAGACACUACAACAGCCCCAGCGGCCGAAACUGGUGCGUCAACUCCUACUAUUGCACCAGAGACACCGGUACCAACGGUGGAACCACCGAAACAGGCGUCCGGGUCUUAG